AUGCCUUCUCAUGAGGAAUCUUAUGACAUUAAUAUGGUGUUUCCGUUUGAUGAAGGAUAUUGCAAAGAAUCGAUUAAUCUCUCAGGAGUGAAGAUGGGGUUAUCUUCCCUUCCUAAUCUCAAUAUUUGGAGGCCAGUUGCAAUUAAAUGGUUUUGGGUUUCCUUAGUAUUAUUACUACAGAAUGGUACAGGGAUACUCUCAGCUUCCAAUUACUUGAUUGGGGUUGGAAGCUAUGAUAUUACGGGGCCAGCAGCCGAUGUCAACAUGAUGGGCUAUGCUAUCAUGGACCAGAUUGCAUCUGGCAUUCACUUUAGGUUGCGAGCUCGUGCAUUUAUUGUUGCAGAGCCACAAGGGGAACGUGUGGUAUUUGUGAAUCUCGAUGCUUGCAUGGCCUCACAACUUGUGACUAUUAAACUGCUUGAGAGACUGAAGGCAAGGUAUGGGAACCUAUAUACUGAGAAGAAUGUUGCUAUUAGUGGUAUACAUACCCAUGCCGGCCCUGGGGGUUAUCUCCAAUAUGUUGUGUAUAUUGUAACAUCUCUUGGAUUCGUGCGUCAGUCAUUUGAUGUUAUUGUUGAUGGCAUUGAACAAAGCAUCAUACAAGCUCAUGAAAACCUCCGGCCUGGGUCAAUUCUUGUGAAUAAAGGAGAGGUUUUAGAUGCUGGCAUAAACCGCAGUCCUAGUGCUUAUCUCAACAAUCCUGCAGCAGAACGCAGUAAAUACCAGUAUGAUAUUGACAGAGAAAUGACCCUUCUGAAGUUCGUAGAUGAUGAAUGGGGUCCAGUGGGUAGCUUUAACUGGUUUGCAACUCAUGGAACCUCUAUGAGCAGUACAAACUCGUUGAUAAGUGGGGACAACAAAGGGGCUGCCGCACGAUUUAUGGAAGACUGGUUUGAUGAGAAUGGAGGUGGAAUUGCCAGGUCCAAUGAUCCUGAAGGUAGUGGAAUUCCCCGAAGAAUCUCAAACAUAAUUCCUGGAGUUCAUGAAAAGAAUGAGGAGUUAUUGGAAAUUGCUGCUUCUUUCCAGUCUUCUUCUGGUAAACCAGCAACCAGGUUUUUGAGUGUUGCAAGCCGUGUGAGGAGUUCUCUCAGGUUGGCUGAUAGGCCUAGAUUUGUAUCUGCAUUUUGUCAAACCAAUUGUGGUGAUGUUAGUCCAAAUGUGCUUGGUGCAUUCUGCAAUGAUACUGGGCUACCUUGUGACUUCAAUCACAGUACUUGUGGUGGGAAGAAUGAGUUGUGCUAUGGCCGAGGACCUGGUUACCCAGAUGAAUAUGACAGCACUCGUAUUAUUGGAGACAGACAAUUUAAAAAAGCUGUGGAUCUUUUCAACACUGCAUCUGAGCAAAUACAAGGGAAAGUUGAUUAUCGUCACAGCUAUUUGGACUUCUCCAACCUUGAGGUGACAAUUUCUAAACUGGGAGGAGGUAGUGAGGUGGUCAAAACAUGUCCCGCUGCAAUGGGGUUUGCAUUUGCUGCUGGUACAACAGACGGACCUGGAGCUUUUGAUUUUAAGCAGGGAGAUAACAAGGGGAAUGCAUUUUGGAGAAUGGUCCGCAACUUUCUGAAAACACCAAACCAGCGGCAAAUCAACUGCCAACAUCCAAAGCCUAUACUGCUUGAUACUGGUGAAAUGGAUAAGCCAUACGAUUGGGCGCCUUCAGUACUUCCAAUUCAGAUCCUAAGGAUAGGGCAGCUGGUCAUUCUCAGUGUACCUGGAGAGUUCAGUACAAUGGCUGGGAGACGUUUACGUGAUGCUGUGAAAACAUUGCUUACAAGUGAAGGAAAUGGGGAAUUCAACAACGACACUCAUAUUGUGAUAGCAGGGUUGACUAAUACAUAUUCACAGUACGUGACAACUUUUGAGGAAUACCAGAUUCAGAGAUAUGAGGGUGCCUCCACACUAUUUGGUCCACAUACACUUGGUGCUUACAUUAAGGAGUUCACAAAGCUCGCAGCAGCUAUUGUAAGUGGCAAAGUUGUUGAACCAGGACCACAACCCCCAGACCUACUGGACAAGCAAAUCAGCUUACUAACACCUGUUGUAGCAGAUGCGACGCCUCCUGGUGUAAAGUUUGGGGAUGUCAGCACUGAUGUACUUCAAAACUCCACCUUCAAGAAAGGUGACUUGGUGACAGUCAUUUUCUGGUCAGCAUGCCCCCGUAAUGACCUCAUGACAGAAGGCACAUUUGCUCUUGUGGAGAUUCUCCAUGGAAAGAACUCUUGGAUCCCAGCUUAUGAUGAUGAUGAUUGGUGCCUCCGGUUUAUGUGGUCAAGACCAGCUAAACUGAGUCCUCAAAGUCAGGCAACAAUAGAGUGGAGAAUCCCAGCCUCUGCUGCUCAAGGUGUGUACAGAAUAAGGCAUUUUGGUGCCUCAAAGAGUCUUACAGGAUCCAUUACCCAUUUUACAGGUUCAGCUACUGCUUUUGUGGUAGCUUAAGAAAGUCUCUGAUGUUUGUCCAUGUACAUGCAUCCAAUCUAUUAUCAUAUACAACGCAUGUAUAUAUAAAAC